CAGCUGGUGGACUGCAGGAAAACAACGGGGCUGAGUGGAACUGUGAGAGGAGGAGAAGAGAAGAAAGGAUCAAAUUUGACACAUCAAAGACAAAGACCAGACUCAGAGGAACCAGAGCCAGGGACGUCUAAACCAGCAAGACGACACCAGUGCUCCCACUGUGGAAAGAGUUGUAACCAGAAAGCACAACUGAACGCUCAUGAGAGAAUACACACAGGGGAGAAGCCUUACCACUGCUCCCAGUGUGGAAAGGGUUUCAACCAGCCAGGGGUGCUAAAACAACAUGAGAUAAUACACACAGGAGAGAAGCCUUACCACUGCUCCCAAUGUGGAAAGUGUUUCCUCCGUAAGGGGGAGCUGAAACUACACGAGAGAAUACACACAGGAGAGAAGCCUUACCACUGCUCCCAAUGUGGAAAGUGUUUCGUCCGUUCGGGGGAGCUGAAACGGCAUGAGAGAAUACACACAGGAGAGCAGCCUUACAACUGCUCCCAAUGUGGGAAGCGUUUCAACCAGUCGGGGGGGCUGAAACUACAUGAGAGAAUACACACAGGAGAGAAGCCUUACCACUGCUCCCAAUGUGGAAAGUGUUUCAACCGGUCGGGGAUGCUGAAACAACAUGAGAGAGUACACACAGGAGAGAAGCCGUACCACUGCUCCCAAUGUGGAAAGUUUUUCAGCCAGAGAGGAUACCUGAAACAACAUGAGAGAAUACACACAGGGGAAAAGCCUUACCACUGCUCCCAGUGUGGAAAGUGUUUCAACGAUUCAGGGACGCUGAAACGACAUGAGAGAAUACACACAGGGCUGAAGCCUUACCACUCCUCCCAGUGCAAAGCUUUUGCCCAUUUAGGAAGCCUGAAAGAACACAUUAGACUGCACACAGAGGAGAAGGCUUAGAAAAGCUCAGACUGUGGGAAAACAUAUUACUCAUAACAGUCAUUUAAACGUCAUUAGAGAAUCCACACAGGAAAGAGAAAUUACUUCUCUUAGCGUGUGUAUUGAUAUUUCACAUCACAUUGUCUUAAAAUUAAUCAGAGAACAUACACAGUGCUCCCAUUGUCUUAUAUUGUUGACUGACAAUGUGUUUACCUGUCUUUACCAGAUGAAAUUAAAUGGUACAGGGUAUACUCAAACAUAUAUUUGUUUGUUUUUAUUAGAAAACAUGAAGUGAAUAUGGAGUCUGUCAGUUUGAAUAUAAAGAAGAUCAGGUUCCUUCUUUUAAACUGUCCUUUUUUAAAACUCUUUGUGUGUGUUUAUCUGGGUGUGUCAUUCCUCCAGCACUACAGAUAAUCAAGUGAUAAUUGGAUGUGAUGCAUUAGUUCCAUUGUUGACAUUUGCAUUGUUGGCCCACUGAUGAUUUAAUGAA